ACAUACACAAGAGUGUUUAAAAGCCAGAAUAUAGACAAUAUACAAAUAGAGACAGUUGCGCUAUCCAUUCAAUAUGGAUGAUUUCAAGGUGCCGGUUUUACCGCCCGCCCCAUCAACAAAAAGUGAAGCUGCCGUCGAAGAACCAAAUCCAGAAGCUGCUAAAGUCAAGCCUGCCACAGGUUGCCCCUACAAAGUGCCCAAGUGGUCACAGCCGCCAAACGAUGGACAGGAUUACAGGUUUGAGGUGCUGAAAUCCGGACAAAUUAUUGACGAAGUCAAGCAGUUACAGCAACAAGCCUACUGGACCUUUGGCCGACUUCCUGACAACGAUGUAGCCAUGGCGCAUCCAACCAUUUCGCGGUAUCACGCAGUGCUUCAGUACAAACCAAAGGCAGGUGAUGGUGAGGACGAAGAGGCAGCUCAGCCUGACGGCUGGUACAUCUACGAUCUCGGAAGCACACAUGGCACAUUCCUCAAUAAGCAGCGCGUGCCGCCCCGCGUCUACAUACGCAUUCGCGUUGGCCACAUGCUGAAGAUGGGAAGCAGCACGCGCGUGUAUAUACUGCAGGGUCCCGGUGAGGAUGAGGAACCCGAGUCUGAACAAACCGUAACGGAACUACGUGAACAGCGUGAGCAACAAGUGGCCGCAGCAAUGGCUGAAAGGGAACGCAAAGCAUUGGAGGCUGAGGAGAGGGAACGUAACGAAGGCGCCAGCUGGGGCAUGGGCGAGGAUGCCGACGAGGAAACAGAUCUCACACACAAUCCAUAUGCGAGCACCAACAAUGAAGACCUCUUCUUCGAUGACCCCAAGCGCACAUUGCGCGGCUUCUUUGAACGUGAAGGCCUCAAUCUGGAAUACAAGUGCGACGAGCUUGCCCAGGGCUCGUUCGUCUGCCGGGUGGAGCUGCCCAUUGACGACUCCAAUGGCCGUGCCAUAGUUGUGGAAGUCACGCACAAGGGCCGCAAGAAGGACUGUGUGGUGCAGUGCGCCCUAGAGGCAUGUCGUACGCUCGAUCGUCAUGGCGUGCUGCGCCAGGCGAAUCAGGAAUCCCAGAAGCGCAAGCAGCUCAAGCCCAAAGGCGAUUCGGAUGACGAGGACGAGUUCUGGGAUCGCACAGGCGAUGUGGCCAGAAAGAAGCAACGGCUGGCUAAUGCCAACGUCAGUGUUACACUCACCUACGACGAUUUGCUGAAGCAGCAGAGCGAGCUGGAUGCAGAGUUGGCCAAAGUGGAGCUAGAGAUUGGUGCCUAUCAGCAGAACGAGAAGCGUUUGAAGGCGCAGGCGGUGCAGCAGCAAAGCGCCAGCGAUGACCUGGACAAUUUCAUGGACACACUCAACGAGAAUGUCACGCCACUGGACAAAACCGAGAUCAAAAAGCUGAGACUGGAGCAGCAGCGAAUCAAAAGCGAGCAACAAAAGUUACAGCGGCUCAUUAAGAUUGCCAAGCCAACGGCUUUGCCAUUUGACACGACCUCUAACAAUGCGCAGAAGGUGGAAGCCAAUGUGUCCAAAAGGCAAUUGCCCAUGAUUGGGAAAAGAAAUCAGUUUAGUAAAUUUAAGAUAGUCAAAGCGCAGCCAAGUGCUAGCAGCAAAGCGAAAGUAAAUGCAUUUGCUGGUGACGAGGAGGUGGAGGAGGAGGAAGAGGAGGAAGAAGAGACGGAGAAGCAAGUAGAACAGCAAAACCAUCAAGAGAAUGUGAAGGAGACGCAGGAAGAAAGAACAGAGGAGGAGAAGGAGAAAGAAAAGCAGAAUAGACAGAAGCAGCCACUGCAAUUGGAAACGGAGGAGAAGCAAGAGUUGCAGCCGGAAGAGAAGGAGCUUGAGCAGCAGACCCAACACUUGAAGCAGAUGCCAAAUGCAAAUAAACUAGAAGUUAACAACGAAUGUGACGAAGCAACAGCCAUAACAGAAGCUGCAGCUGAAGUAGCAUCAGCACCUAUAGACGCAGGCAGCGAAGCUGCGGAGGGAGAGAGGAAACGACGCCAGCGUCAACGGCAGCGAACCAACCACAGCAACAACAAGCUGCGAUCGGACGUGGACAUGGAUCUAAAUGAGCUGGCGGAGCACGAAGACAGCGAAAAGUAUGCCAAGUGGAUUCCACCACCGAAUCAAAGCGGCGACGGUUUCACUCAUCUCAAUGACAAAUUUGGCUAUUAAGCAUAUAAUAA